AUGAAACCAAGAUUGCUUGUUGUUCUAGCCACACUUUUAAGGUCUUCUUUUUGCUUACUUGUUAAAAAAAAGAGUGGAACAUUAGGGUAUACAAAUAAUAGUUCCAUCUUGGAAAAUUUUGUAAAGGGAAGAACUCUUGGGAAAUAUUUUACGAGUGUAAAGAAACAUGUAUGUAAAAAUGGAUGCGUAGAUGAUGGACACGGGGUUAAGACUUUACGUCAGUUUUUUGCACACGACAAAGGGGAGAUGGAGUGUACACAGGACCGUCAAGUUGGUAAUGCAGAUGACACCGAUCAUGACAGUAGAAGCGACACCUGCCAUGACACCAGGGACGACACCACGAGUGAAAAUUUGCCCUGCAUGGAAAGACAACAGAGGCAAGAGAAUCAAUGGAAUGAAAUUGGUUCAAGGGUGUGUAAGUUCAUGAAUGCGUCUAAGGAAGGAGAUUACUGUUAUCUGUAUUUGUAUCACAUUUACAAAAAGACAAAAAUAAUAAAAAAAGAAAAAUAUAUAUAUAACCCAACAAAAUAUGAAUCUGUAAGGUCCUACAUCAAGAGGGAGCUAAAGGAAUGUCUUGAUAUAAACACUGCUUCUUACAUUUUCAAAAUUAGUGAAUAUUAUGCUAAGAACAUUUUAGACGUUUCUGUUUAUGUUAACGAAAUUGUAAGCCUACUAAGUUUUUUCACCUUCAAUGAUAAGUGCAAUUUGACUAAUGUCGAACUGGAUCCAGAUGAAAGGAGUAACAAUGUCAUUCAUAAUGUAAGGGGGGAAGAUAACCAAUCGGAAUUUCAAAACAAGAACACAAAAGAUUUAUAUGAUGAAAGUGAAAUGAGAAAAAUAAAAAAUGAAGAGAUCAUUGCAAACGACGUAAGUGAGAAUGCUAGCCAAAGUGACGAUGUGGAACACUUCCUUAAAAAGAUGAGUGAAGAAAAUAAAAAAACAAAAAUAAGAAAAUUUUUGCACAAAGAUGAAAAGUAUAAAUCUUUUUGCUUGUAUUUCUUUCGAUUAGUUGAUUCACUAAGUGGGCUAUUCUGCUGUAUGGGCAAAAGAAAAAAGAGAGAAGAAAUUUUUAACUUUUUAAAAAAUACAAAUUUAAAGGGAAAAUGGAAAAACUACAAUUUGAAUCACAUCAAUUUCGAUACCAAUUUUAUGAUUUACAUAAUUAGAUUGACCAAAUAUAAGGAUGCUAAUUAUAUCUGCUCUUUGAAGCGGCUGAAGGAGUACACGACACAACAAAUAAAAGAAAUCUUCCUCAACUGCAUACAUGAUAACUUGCUCGAUUGUGGUUAUUUGAAAAUUUUAGAAUUCGAAUAUGUGGCCCGUGAGAGGCACAAAAGCGAAUUGGCUACCUGCAUCUUUCCGCCACUGGGUUCAUCCAUGACACAGAGUGGUAGUAGAAGUGACAGCAGAAGUGACAACAGAAGUGACAGCAGAAGUGACAGCAGAAGUGACAACAGAAGUGACAGCAGAAGUGACAACAGAAGUGACAGCAGAAGUGACAACAGAAGUGACAGCAGAAGUGACAACAGAAGUGACAGCAGAAGUGACAACAGAAGUGACAGCAGAAGUGACAGCAGAAGUGACAACAGAAGUGACAACAGAAGUGACAGCAGAAGUGACAACAGAAGUGACAACAGAAGUGACAACAGAAGUGACAACAGAAGUAAUGUCGGUCUGAGUACCCGCACGGGGGGAGAAACCCAAAUAAAGCUUGAGAGUUUAAGAAAAAUAGAAGAAAACUACAAAAAUCUGCUGAAAAAAUACAAAGAAAAAGAUGAAGCAAUGAAAAAAGAAAAUUUCAGCCAAAAUGAUUUGAAAAAUAUCAUUACUGAAAUUUUGAACAAAAAUGUUUUUAAGAACAUGCAAAACUCGAAAAGGAAUAAAAAAAAAAAAAAAAAAAAAAAAGAUAUAUAUAUUAACGAUACUGGAGAGAACUUAUCACCUGUGGAAGUUUACGAAAUAGAGGAAGAGAAAUUACAGGAAGUUUUAAAAAAAAAGAGAUAUGGUAAUGGCACACUGGACCCAGAGAAAGUCAAAAGUUUAAUUAAAAAUAUGAACAAAUUACUUGAUUCUUAUCAAACCGGGGUAAAUAUUCAUUUGAAGCAGAUCAGAGAAGGUGAUAACCAUGUGUGUGUAUCGAAUCCUCAAAUUGACAGCAAUAAUAAUGGCAUGAACAUUGAUAAGGUAGGUGAGGUAGAAAAGGGAGUCAAAGUGCAUGAGACUGAUUCUGGUACUAGUGACAUGCAGAAUCAUAAGGCUGUUGAAAAAGUAGAAACGGAACACGUUGAUCAGGUGGUUGACCUCUCGGAUGUGUCUCUCUCCAAUUUGAAAAAGUACGUGUCCCAUUGGAAGGAGCUAAAAGUCGCCAAUGCAAGUUAUCGAGAAGAGAUCAACAGUGCGAAAGGUGCUGAAAAUGUGAAAAAAGAGAUAAAUGUGGCUGACCCAGUGAGUGGGAUAAAUGUGACGGACCCAAUGAGUGGGAUAAAUGGCACCGAUCCAGUGAAUGAGACAAAUGUGACAGACGAGAUGACAAGGAGAAAAAAACCAACAAAUGAAAAUCCCACUAUGAACAAAGUGAACGCAGUGCUCGGGGAAGAAAAGUAUGAAGACGUGCUCAAGUAUUUUGACGUUACACAAAAGCAAGAUUCAAUUAUGUUCGAAAUUAAUGACACUAUUUUAGAAAACGAGAUUGCACGUAUAAAUAGACAAAAAUUUGCACAACAGCCGAUUUUAGAUAUACCUAACAAAUUUGGGUUCACACAGAGGACCCCAUCCGAGAUGUUCACAUCAGAUGAGGGAAACCAGUUUCACGAUAUAAUAGAUCAAGAGUUGGCUCAAUUGGAUGAACAAAAUGAAGCGGCUGAUGGUGUAGAGGUUGAAGGUGAAGAGGUUGAAGGUGUAGAGGUUGAAGGUGAAGAGGUUGAAGGUGAAGAGGUUGAAGGUGAAGAAGUUGAAGGUGAAGAGGUUGAAGGUGAAGAAGUUGAAGGUGAAGAGGUUGAAGGUGAAGAGGUUGAUAGUGUAGAGGUUGAAGGUGAAGAGGUUGAAGGUGAAGAGGUUGAUAGUGUAGAGGUUGAAGGUGAAGAGGUUGAUGGUGAAGAGGUUGAUGGUGAAGAGGUUGAGAGUGAAGAGGUUGAAGGCGAAUUGGCUGAGAAUGAGCCGGCUGAGGAUGAAUCGACUGAGGGCGAAUCGGCUAACGAUGAAGUUGCAAAAGAUGAGGGAGAGAUUUCGAAGUGGAGGAAGAAAACCAAAAUUAACAAAAACAAAGGUGGUGAGGUGGAGAAGCUGAAAAUUUACAUGGAACACAUGGAGAGCAAAAAAAUGGGAAAGUACAACUUAGAAAAUAUUUACGCAAAAAAUUUUGAAGAAAAAAUGGAACUCCUGAUGAUAAUACUGAAGAAUGAAAAGGAUAAUAAAAAAAAAAUUAUCGUAUGUUCAGACGAAGAGGAGAGAAACAUGAUACAGAUGAAAUGCAAGUUGGAAGGUGUUGAAUAUGAGAAAAUCUUAAGUUAUAUAAAAAAUAUAAAGCGAUACUUGGAGAAAGAACCAAAUUGGAAAGGUGCGACUUUCAUUUUCAUGAGUGAACUAAAUAGCACAUUAGAGUUGAGAAAAAUAUGCAGUGGGUUAUCACAACAGUUGGGAGGUACGACCAAUGCAGGUAGUAACCGUGGUAGCAGUUUUGAUGAUCAGACCAAUCGCAGAAACAACAUCCCUUCAGGUACUUCUCAGGUAAGGGAAAUUUAUGAGAAAAAAUAUUCCUGCACUGAUGACGACGUAAGCAUCUACCACUUUUGUGAACACUCCCCGAAAGCAGUGGCUUUGAAAAAGUUGUUCUACUCUAUUGUUAACGAGGAAGAUAACUUUUUAAUUUACAUGAAGAAUAAGAAGUGUGCGAGUGAAAGAACUAGUGGAAUAAUGACUAAUGGGGGAAAGGAUAAUAAUGGGUGUAAAAAAUAUAGUAGGAAUGUUUUGUCACCAUACCAUAAGAGGAGGAGUGGUCGUAAUAAGAAGCUUUCAAAGAGUGAAGAGAAAUGGUUAUCAUUCAGGAGAAGGACCCUGAAAAAAAUCGAUGAGAUGAAGCAAAAGGCACAUCUAAUUAAGAUGCGCAAAAUGAAAAAACGAGAUGAAAAGGUCAAGAGGACCAUUGCCAAGUUAAAGUCAAAGGUGGGUUCGAAGUCAAAAUCGAAGUCGAAGUCGAAGUCAGGUUAG